AAGCUGAUUCCCAUCCUCCCCAGUUUUAAUGAAGUCAUGCUCACCAUUGCUACCUCAAACGUUACCUGCACCAACUACCAAGUCAUUGUAAAAGGAAUGGACAGAGCUUUCCCUGAAAUGACUGAGGGUAGAAGAGAAGGAAUCGCAGGAGUCCUGCUGAAAUACCUGAGGAUAUCUGUACACCUUAUCAAUGAACCAGUUUGCAGGUUGAACAUCCACAACGACACUGACUGGCUUGCAAUCAACCUGGGUCCAUACUCCGAAUACACAACCUAUUCGGAUCUCAAAGACUUCAACAUCUCAGGGGUGGCAGUUCUAGACUCCCUCUCACCAAACCAGAAAGCUGAGCUGGUACUGGACCCAAGCACUGGCGCUCUGGAGAAUGAGACUCUUGUGAAGAAGGUUUUCAUCAGCUUGCUGGAAUCUCCAAGGGAAGAGCAGCUCAAUGAGUUCUUUGUGACUUUUGUUGAAGUCACCAAGCAGGAAAACAUCACCAUCAUCACAAACACAGCCGUAAGAGACACAAUGCUAAACCUGACCUUGAUGGCUCUUGCUCCCAAAUUUGACGUCUUUGAGCCAAAAGACUUCCAGCUGUGGUUCCAAGUCAAUCUGGUUGUUCUGCUGGCCAGCUUCAAUCCUGGCAGAUUGGUUGUUAUCCCCCUAAACAUCACCUGUGAAUCCUACAAUGCCAUAUUCACGGGUCUCGACCAAAGUUUGCAAUCUCUUCCGCCUCACCUCUCACAGGGUGUGGAGUCAAGCUUGGAAGCACUGAUGAAGACAUUCCAACGUUGCUCAAGGCCUCCAGCUUUAAUUGUGUGCAAAGAAACAUUGGUCAAUGAGAAACAACUUUGUGCUGGAUUUAACAGCACACAACUGAAGCAACAGAUGUCCUUUGGCAAUUCCUCUGAAUCCCUUUGCAAUUUCAACGUCUCUGAAUAUGCCUGUUCCUCAGUAAGCUUUUUAAACUCAUCACUGAAUGUUGUCAGUAGCAACAGCCACAUUUCUCUCAUCCGCAUCGUCUUUGUUGAUGUUACUCAUGUUGAUGUCACAGUUGUCUAA